AUGGACGGACAGGAUAACACUCAAGCUGCAACUCCCACUCAUUCUGCUUCUCCUGAAUUGAAACAGCCUCCUGUAGCUCCAGUAGCCACAAUUGCUGCUUCAAAUUCUUAUUUACCACCACAACCGGUUCCAACGGCUCCACCAACUGUUCCCCAACAACCAGUUCAACCGAUUCAAUCCAAGCCACAAGGACAAGCGGAACAACAUCCUGAAGCUCCAUCUGCACCUCCUGUAUCUUACGCACCAUCACAAUCAGUUCCACAAAGUGUUCAGUACGUGGCACCCAUCCAAUCUCCACCAUCAGUUCAACCAAUGCAACAGCCCGUUCAAUACAUGGCUCAAACACAUCCACCACCAGCUCACCCAGUACAACAGCUAGUCAGUUAUCGAAUGGCUCAACCAAUGCAACAGAUGGCCUCAGUGCAACAACAGAUGCCGAUGCCCUGUUGUCAAGUCUCGGUCACUUAUCCAGCACCUAUGCAACCAAUGCAAUCAAUGCAAUCAAUGCACGGCGGUUACCAGAUCUCAGCAUCACAGCCGGUACAUUCACUACCAGCCGGCCAUCACUAUCCGGCAAUGGCUCAACAAACUCAUCCGAUGAACACUGGCUCUUUUCCACCAAACUCCCAGCCUCAACUUCGUCCAGUGCCAAAAGGACCCGUGAUCCGCACCCAACCAGAACCAUCUCUCCCAGCGAUAUUCGAAACGAAAAUCUCGCAUGAGAUUGGCAACUGCACUUGGAUUGCGUUUUGUCUUUGUUUCUGGACGGCCGCUUUGACUCUCUGCUCGCCGUGUGCUUUUUGUAUUGUACAAUGGCAAGACGUGAAUCACUAUUGUCCGCAUUGCAAUCACCCUGUUGGAUCGUAUAAGCGC